GAGUCACGGGAGGCGAGGGCCGACAUUUGCAGGCUAAAAAUAUAUUUUCACGGACAUCGACAAGCAAUCAUUUUGAGGCCAAUCGUCUACCAAAGUUGCACAGCGGAAACAUGGUCGCUGCAGGGCGUUGGUGUCUUCUGUUGGUGGUUGUCAUGCUUCAUUCGUCGCCAAGCAACGGGUGGCUCGGCAACUUCGGAUUUAAUUUCAAAAAAUUGAUUGAUUUGAACAUAGGUAAACUGUUAAAUCAGUGUAAGAAUAAGCAGGCCACUGGCCUCAAUGGAAGGAGUCAUGCUGAUAUCGUCGCCGCCGCGAAACUGUGGGCGCCGGUGGUCCGGUUGGCCGUGGGAGAGGAAUGGAAACCAUCCAGCGUCGAUUAUUUCCUCCAACACGUUAACUUACGCGGCGGCAGUCCGACUUCCGUCACUCCGAGCACACUACCCACCUGUAACAGCAACUGCUACCUGGAAACUAAGACGCAUUUAUCUUGUCCCUCGUGCAGAGAACCUGUCGUCUUUAAGGGACAGGAUCCUGCAAGUGCCCCAGCAUACGCUAUAUACGAGGACAAGGGUAACGUUGUUGAAAUCACCUAUUGGUUCUUCUUCCCAUACAACAGAGGAAAACGGGCGUGUGUGGGGUUAUAUUUUGAUAACGUAUGCCCGUGCGUCAAGGCGUGGGGCCAUUGCCUAUGUCCUCGACUUAACGGAUGCGCAGGGGGGUACUCGACCUUUGGUAAUCACGUUGGAGACUGGGAACACGUGAAGAUAAAGUUCAAUAAUAACAAAAUCUACUCCGUAUAUUUGUCAAUCCACGAUUCUGAGAUCACUAACCAAUAUGGUGGAGAGUUUCUGUGGAAUGGUAAUGAAUUCAGGAGAGGGAAUCGGGCCGUUUAUACGACUGACUGCACACACGCCCAAGUCUACGCAGCCAAGGGAUCCCAUGGUAUCUGGCCAAACACAGGGGAACACGUCUACAAGAAACUCUUUAACGGAGACAAGUUGAAAGAUCACUGUAGUGCAGGAACAGCAUGGCACAUUGCAAAUAAUCUUAAAAUUGUCAAGAUGGCCGCCAAAGGACAGUUUACUGGGGAAUUCAACUUUCUUAACUUCAAGGGCCGUUGGGGAAAUCGGGAACGUAACUGCCCAAAAAUCAUUGGUCAGUGUGUACUUGAAAACGGACCAGGUGGACCACCUAAGUGAGAACUCACCACAUGACUCUCGAAAUCUGUUUCUUUAUUUUGGUUCAAAAUUGUGGACAACCAAAUUAUGAUGGAAAACAAUUGAAACGUUCCACACAUUCAAUAUGCCAUUAACCCUAUAUACUGCAUCAUAUGCUAAGAAUCCUUUUUGGCAGAAACACAUUAAAAAAAUUAGUGAUUAAGACGCUAAUAUUUUCGACGAUUUUAUGUUUUUGAAAUUGCCAAUGUUUUACAACACCUUCACAUUAAAAUGUUUUUUCAGAUGUUUUGAUCGAUUGAUUCAUGGAUAUGAAAAGUAAUCUUAUAAUUUACUGCAAUCGUACAUUGUUUUCCUUUUAAUUCAGACAAGGGCCCACUAAACAGUUUAUUGGGUCUUAGAUACAGAUUAAAAGACUGAGUUCUACACGUACAUAUAAUGAUGUAAACAACAAUGUUCCAUUCUCAACAUUUAUAUGUCAAGCACUGGUACAUGAAUAUCAUAGUAUGUUUGAAAAUAUAUACCGUGUCCUCCCUAUGAAUAAGAGUUAUUUUUUCAAAUGUAUGUGUGAUUGCUUCGCCAAUACAUUUUGAACAUCAUUCACAAACACGUCCGGCACAUGCACCACACAAAUUUAAUCGGUGACGAGUAUAUACAAGACCAAAGACACAUAAAGGCUGAACAACGCCUAGUAAUGGAUGAUGUUGUGCCAGUGGUGCCACCUGGUGUCGUCUGCUGCGUGGGAAUUCUCUCAGCGGUGCUAUACCCUGUGCUAUACCGGUGUAUGUACGUGUAAGUGCAAACAGACCUGUUAAUUUCCCAAAAGAACCCCCGAGUAGACUGGAAAUUGGAGUUCAGACAAAGCGAAGUGAUCAAUGUCUCGACCGGACAGGCAAUUAUCUUCGGUUCGAAGACCGGUGCAUUGCCGUUGAAAGAAGGUGAAACUCAAAAU